AAAGGAGACAGAGGACACAGAAAUCCUAUCACAAGCCUUUGCUGGUUUGUGACAGAAGUCCCACUCCUCUGUUCUCUAAUCCACAGUUUGGCACAAUGACUUCUCUGCACGCUGCUUUACUCUUGGGAAUUAUUUCUCUUUCAUUCGCUGCUGAGCCAAAGAUCAAGUGGUGUACAGUUUCUUCACAAGAGACAAGGAAAUGCCAGGAUUUGAAAACCCACAUGGCAAAUGAAGGCUUCAGCAACUUCCACUGUGCACAGAAGGAUAAUCCUGAAGCCUGUCUGAAUGCUAUCAAGAAUCGAGAAGUAGAUGCUAUAACUGUGGAUGCUGGAGAUAUAUACAAGGGAGGUCUCUUGCCUGAACCACGCCUGAAACCAAUUGCAGCUGAGAAUGUCACAGGCGAGUCCUGCUACUAUGCUGUAGCAGUGGUAAAGAAAGGCACCAGCUUUAAUUUCAAUACAUUGAGGGGCAAGAAGUCCUGCCACACUGGUUUGGGUAAAUCUGCUGGUUGGAAUAUCCCAGUCGGAACUAUUCUGAGAAAUUUCGGACAAGACUGGAAUACUGACGAUCCUGUUGAAAAAUUUGUGGCACAAUUCUUUUCCAGCAGCUGUGUUCCAGGUGCUUCUAAGUCUUUCCCUAAUCUUUGCAAACUGUGCAAUGGAACUGGAACAAAUCACUGCCAACGAUCACACAAUGAACCCUUCUAUGAUUAUUCAGGAGCAUUUCUAUGCUUGAAGAGCGGUGUUGGAGAGGUGGCCUUUGUGAAACAUACCACAGUGCCAGCUGCUGAGAAGGCAAACUAUGAGCUCCUGUGCUUAGAUGGCACCAGAAAAGCAAUCGAUAAAUACAAAGAAUGUAACUGGGCUAAAGUACCAGCUCAUGCAGUGGUCGUAAGAAGUGGAAUUGUUGAAGAUGGGAAAAAUAAUGAGAUCUGGAGAUUCCUCUCGACAGCUCAGAAAAGAUUUGGGCCUCAGAGUCAGGGACAAUUUAAACUUUUCAGUUCAUCAAAUUAUGGACGUAAGGACUUGCUGUUUAAAGACGCAACAGAAGAGCUGAUUCACCUUCCCAAAGCAACUGAUUACCUUAUGUACCUCGGCCCCAAAUAUGUAAAUGCUCUGAAAACCAUUACCAAAGAGAUCAGUACCUUGAGUACGAAGAUACGUUGGUGUGCAAUUGGGGACCUUGAAAGGAAUAAGUGUGACAGGUGGACAGCAGUAAACUGUGUCUCAGGCAACGACGCUGAGGACUGCAUCAAACAGAUUAUGUCUGGUGUUGCUGAUGCAAUAAGUCUUGAUGGUGGGCAAGUGUACGUUGGAGGAAAAUGUGGCCUCGUCCCAGUCAUGGCAGAGUAUUACGACAAAAGUAAGUCGGGCUCCUGCUAUUAUGCUGUCGCAGUUGUAAAGCAAGGGAGUGGCUUUGGCUUCAAAAAUCUAUCGGGCAAAAGAUCUUGCCACACUGGCAUUGGUAAAUCUGCUGGCUGGAUCAUCCCGAUCGGAGCCAUUCUGAGAUACAACUUAACCUCUUGGGAUGGAACAACUCCAAUUGAGGAAGUUGUACAAAACUUCUUCUCCUCCAGCUGCGUCCCAGGUGCCAGUCCGGAUUUCCUGAAACUGUGUGCACUGUGCAACGGGACAGGACAGAACCAUUGCAAGAAAUCACAUGUUGAACCUUACUACGGUUACUCGGGAGCAUUUCAAUGUUUGAAGGACGGUGCUGGUGAAGUGGCUUUUGUGAAGCAUAGCACAGUGCCAGCUGCUGAGAGGCAAAACUAUGAGCUCCUGUGCUUGGAUGGAACCCGAAAGCCAGUGGAAAAUUACAAGGAAUGUCACUGGGCAAAGGUGCCUGCUCAUGCCGUGGUGGUGAGAAGUGGGAGCGCUGAUGUUGAGAGGGCCGAGAUGAUUUGGAGAUUCCUAUCAAGAGCUCAGGAACUAUCUCAGCCAUUCGGUCAAAACUCUUUCAAUCUCUUCAACUCAUCUAAGUAUGGACAGAAAGACUUGAUGUUCAAAGAUUCAACACAGAACCUUAUUCGGCUCCCAGCUGGGAUGGAUUCUUUUCUGUACCUUGGCAGUGAAUAUGCAAAUGCUGUGAAGAUUCUUCAAAAUAAAAACGAGAGUCCUUCAAAUCCUCGUAUGAUACGCUGGUGUACUAUUGGAGCUCUUGAACAAAAUAAGUGUAGCAGCUGGGGGGCAGUAGUAUGUGUUAUGGGCCUCAGCGCUGAAGACUGCAUCAAAAAGAUUGUGUUUGGAGAUGCUGAUGCAGCAAGUCUUGAUGGAGGAGAGGUCUAUACUGCAGGAAAGUGUGGUCUUGUUCCAGUCAUGGCAGAGUAUUAUAAUAGAGCUGAUCUUGGACCAUGCACAUCCACAGGAGUCAGUAACAAGAUACCCUCUUACUAUGCCGUGGCGGUUGUAAAGGAUUCUAGCCUGAACUGGGAUAUACUGAAUGGGAAGAAGUCCUGUCACACAGCCGUUGGCCGAACUGCUGGCUGGAACAUUCCCAUGGGAUACCUGAUUUCAAAGGGGAAAAUCAAUCCUUGUGAUAUUUUUAAUUCAACUUAUUUCAGUCAGAGCUGUGCCCCUGGAGCGAAUGCUGCCCUGCACCCAAAUCUGUGCGCUCUGUGCAUUGGAAGUCAAAUACAAAAUUCAACGUCACCAACAGACAAGUGUGCGGCCAACAGCAAUGAGAGGUACUACAGCUACAGCGGCGCCUUCAGGUGCCUAGUGGAAGUAGGCGAUGUUGCAUUUGUUAAACAUUCCACUGUGCUGGAGAACACUGAUGGUAAUGGAAAGCUUGACUGGAAUCAGAAUCUGGUCUCUUCUAAUUAUCACCUCUUGUGCAAAGAUGGUACUACAGCCCCAGUUGAUCAGUUCAUGAACUGCCACUUGGCUGAGGCCCCAUCUCAUGCUGUUGUGACACGACUGGACAGGAGAGAAAAUGUUCUCAAAUUGCUGAAGAGUGAGCAGGUGAAACAUGGUCGUGGUGGAUCUGAAGAAAGUGACUUUGCCAUGUUCGAUUCAGCCAUGUUUUCUGGGAAGGACCUCCUAUUUAAAGACUCCACUCAAUGUCUCAUUGAAGUCCCCGACAGUGACUACAAAAAGUAUCUGGGUGACAAUUACGUUAAAAUAAUGGAAGGACUCCAGGCCUGUGAACCCCUUGAGCUCCUAGAAGCUUGUUCCUUUAAAACCUGCUGAAGCCCAUUGUGACGAUUUUGGGAGGACUUUCCAACGAUGGCCUAGAAUCAUUCUAUUCUCCCCACUGACGCCAGUCCAACUGCAAUGAUAUUCAUAUAAUGAUUGCUUGAAUAGUCUUUUGUGCUUAACAGAUUUACUGUAGAAAAUGAUGAGCUAAACUGCUAUUAAAAACGUAGUUGAUUCAGUUCCUGUAACACAAAAUAAAAUACCCAUAGUAACAA